UAAUUACACCAAUAGUGAUUGCGCAUAGAUUGACAUGGUAUCAGAGCCUCUCGUAUCUUCUUCGUGAUUUGCGUGGCUAUCUUGUAUUCGCUUGGGGGUUUCCUGUUGCCGCUCGUCGCCCCGUGAUUGUCGUCGAUCGGUUUGCUCGUGUUCGUGCUUGGUGUGGAUAUUGCGUCUGACUUGGGUUGUGAAUAUAAUGGAGGGUUCUAAGAAUGAUAUGUCUCUCCCGCAGUUUAAUGGUAAGAAUUUCCUUCUCUGUGAAUUUCAAUUUCGUAUUCAUUGUCAAGGAAAGCGGCUGCUCUUUAUCUUGGACGAAACAGCUAGGGCGCCAGCGGAGACAACUUCGCAGAAGGAAAAGGAUGAUUGGGUUUGUCAAUAACGCGGCUAUGAUGUCCUCAGUCCUCACUGCUGGGUUCGGCUGACCCGGUGUCGCCUUGAGUCUCCAGGGCUUUGUGACUGCGUUUGAGAUGUGGGGGCAUCUUUCCAAGUUGACGUGGAGCUAGAUCUUGCUCAGCUGAAACAAGGGGAUCUGUCUGUUAGUGCUUACUAUUAAGAGGCGGUAACAUUGUGAACGGAGUAGGACUUGAUUUUGGCUUCCUUGGCGUAUGCUUCGCCUACUCUGGACGUGAUUCAAGCUCAAAUGUACACAUUUUACCCCUCAUUUCUUAUUCGUUUAGCUUAGAAUUUCAUCGUUCCUCGACAUAUUUCACACUAGGCGUCCAGGAAACAGCCGGACAAGGCAAUUCACGGUCUCCUAAGACCAUGAACAUUGACCACAAACCGUGAACAUCAAGGCGUUCAGGGCCAAAUCCAAAGUUAGUGACGGCAGGUGAGUUCACGGUCUCUAAGACCGUGAAAUGGGGCCAUUGACCGUGAACCCAGGAGAGUGAAGCAGUGCGUUUUGGACGACACUGAGUUCACAGACGCGUUUAGCUGUUCACCGCCGUGAACUGGCCACCUAAAUCGAGAGGGCCGAGUGACACGGCCUUUAAUGUCACCUUGGUUUAGCAAUUGAGAUUGUGGUCUACGACCAUAUAUGCAUCCCUCUGCGGUCUGCGGUUACCUUGCCCAUAGCAAUCGUUCCAAUCCAACGAGUCUUGGUAGCUAGUUAGGGGGAAGCAACUCCUGGGUGAAGCUCCCUUAGUUAGACUUUUCCUUGCUAGUUUAGUUUGUAGUUUUCUUAGUUUUAAAACCCAAAACCGUUUUGCCAGAUAACAACUUAGGCGAUUGAAGUAGGUGUACAUGGAUCGGCCCGGGUUGACAAUUUAAAUACUUGCUCUACACUGCACCCGGCUAGAGUUUAAAAACUUGGGCUCUAGUCGGGAUUAAUGUGUGGUGUAGUUUCGUGCGAGUCAGGACGCCAUUCAGGAGAGAUCCAGUACUCGAGUGAUGCGUUUUCUUAUGAACUUGCGUUCCAAAUUUGAGGGAAUUUAGGCAUCUCUUUUUCAUCGGGAUGUUUCGACGAUCGAGGAUGUCUUAGCUGUGAUUCUGCGGGAAGAGACUCUUCUUAAGAGUCAGGCGAAACUUGAUCUUCACUCUUUCGAACUGGGCACCGCAUUUGUUGGUGGUGGUAAACCCCAAUUCCAUCGUACCACCAAGGGUGAGAUAAUUUGCUUUAAUUGCAAGGCUUUAGGACACAUUCAGUUCCAUUGUCCUAAGCGUAACACUUGCAAUUAUUGUAAGUUGGACAGUCACCUCAUUGUUGCGUGCCCUACUCUUGCUUAGAAGAAUAGGUCGCGCUCUCAUGGGUCGCACAUUGGGCUGCCACGUCCUGGUGUGGGAGGAGCUUAUGUCGCGAUGCCUUCUGUACCAGCCCCAAGUCCAUCUUAUGCUACCUCCUUGAUAUCCGAGGAUGUCCGUCGGCUUGUCCAAGAGGACUUGAAAGAUGCUUUGCCUACUGCUUUGAUAUUGGCGUUCGCUAAUGUUAAGGUUCCUCCUCGUUCUCCAUCUUGGCAUACUCAUUCGACAGCUGAUGACUCGAUAUUUGCACAUGUUUUCCCCUUUGUUUAUUGAUCAUUUAAGCUUGCAUUAUCUCUUAUUUGGCCUAUUUUACGCUAGGUUGUGUACCUUUGUCACAUUUCAAAUCCUAGCACAUAAAGUGAGCAUAGCCGCAAGUUUCAAGUCAAUCGGAGAUCAUUUAGAGACUCGGGGGAAGAAACUCGGGCUUGACUUGAAUAAUAAUGGAUUUCUACCUCAUUUGUGACCAUAGAAUCAUAUAAGCUUGUCAUGAGAAGAAAGAGGACGAGACUACGAGCGUGUGGGAUCAAACGACACCUGAUUUGUAGUUCGAACGAGGGAGAAACGAAGAAUCAAAGAUAAGGGACCCGGAAUUGCGAAAUUCCCUACCAAAAUACCUGUCUGGGUAUUUUGACCAUCUUAUAGGGUAUUUUUGGCAGCAUCAGAAGGCCCCCUGGUCGUGAACCAAAAAUACCCGACCGGGUAUUUUCCAUUUUGCCCAGAAAUGUGACCCAUAGCAUUUUGUUGAUACCUAACCGGUUCCCUAAAUACCUGACCGGGUAUUUGGACCAAGUUUCGGGAAUGCAGGCUGUUAAAAGCCUGUUUUGUGCGUUUUUGGAGGGAGAGAGGUGGGUUUUUGGUUCCCAAACACCCAAGGACGAACCAAAGAGAGAGAGAGAGGGCGAUUUGAGGGCUAUCUUGUAGUGGAAUUGGAGGAUUUCUUCACCUUGGAAGCUAGAGGAACAAGCCCGGACUUGAAGACUGAUCAUCUGGAAAUUCUUACUCCAGUCUCUCUCUUCUCUAUGGAGUAACUUCCCUUCACUUAGCUUUUGAGAAACCCUAGCUAUGUUUGUUUGAUUGGAUGAUUGUAUGAGUACUCCUACUUGAUAAUCUUGAGUUCAUAUUCAAUCUAUACACGUUUUCAUGAUUCAAUUCUGCUUUAGUCAAGAUUAUUGAUUCUGCUUUGAUCCUAUUAGAGCGAAUACCUAAUGAGGUCAAUAGAGCACCAUAGAUUGAUAGUAUUGGAUCGAUUGCUUUAGUCGAGGGUCGAUUCACAGCUUUGUAUCGAUUGAGAACCUCAUUCGAUAGAGGGAGUCAAGUUCAGAACGUCUUGAUCGGUUGUUCACGUCCCUCUAGGCAAUUGACUCAAGAGGGCCUUGUUCUUUUAGUCGAGACACAAGGUCUAGUCAAGGAUUCUCCGCAUUGUUAAUGAAAGUGAAACAGGUUAGAGAUAAUAAAUCAUUACUCUGGAUAGUGGCUAGGGGAAAUUAUACCUAAGUGAGUUCCCAACCUGUAAUUAGAUUAACUUUAACUGUAGUUUGCUAGAGUAGUUUUAGUUCUUCCAUCUUAAUCUGGUUUGCUAAAUAAUGAACUGAAGCUGAGUAAUAGUAACUCUAGAGACCCGUGGAUUCGAUAUUUAUUACUUGAGCCACUAUACUGCAGUCCCUUUCAUUAGUUACACUUGGACAUUGUUAGGAGUUGUUUCAUAACGAGUCAACAGCCUACAAUCAUAUGACUAGCUCACACAGUGUGUUUCGUAAUCUUGAUAAAUCCACAGGUGGUCUCGCAUUACAAGCUGCGAAUGGCGCUAGGUUGGAGGUUACGGGUGUGGGUGAUGUGCAACAGCCUCGUAUCUCACUCUCCAACACUUUAUAUGUUCCUCAACUCGUGCCCAGUCUUGUAUCUGUGGGACAAUUAGCUGACGAUGGUUGUGGUGUCAUUUUUUAUGCGGCUGGGUGUACUGUGCGAGGAUGGAGAAGGAAAUCGGGAGAGGGAGUAAGAAGGGACACACGUACCUGCUCGACCACUAUUUGGGAUCAGCUGCGGGUUCGGUUAGUGACAGCGGGCGGGAUCAACUAGCUGGGCAGAUCACCUCAAGCUUGACAAGGUGGAAGGAUGGUAGAUGGGAUGCUCCCCCUAACUGUAGUAGCGUUUAUGAUUUUAUGGAUUUUUGUUCAAGUUAUCGAAUUGGGAUUUAUGACAUUUUAGAUUGGGCCAUCCGCAUUCUUUGAGACUGUCGUACGAUGUUUCAAAAUAAAUGGUUAUCUGAUGG